AGCAGCACCAGCCAGACCAUGGUGGCGCCUGCCGGGGGCUGGGACGGGGCAGCUCUGUGCCGGACACGCCGCGCCGGGACUCACCCACUUCUGUUGGCUGUGGGCUCAGCCCCCCCACGCCCACCGCCCCUGUUCCCCCGGCUCCGGGGCGGGAUUUGGGGCCGGCCUGCACUCCGCACUCUCUUCUCUGGCUUCCCCAGCUCUCCGAGGGCUUCCCUGGUCAGCUUCUAAAUACUCUCCCGGAGGAGGGCGGGGCCGCAGCCUCCCAUUGGCUCCUGUUGGAGGGGGCGGGGCAGCCCCUCUCUUCCCCGCGACCGAGGUUCCCCGCGUGGCCGCCAGAGGGGGCGCGAGCCCGCCCCGAAUGCCCCAGCCUGUGCUUGGCCAGUGGCUUUGCCCGUGCCCAUCUCCCCCAGAACAGUAGGAGGGGAAACCUGGGAGGCACUCCUUUAAGCUGCUAGUGAUGUUCUUUAUUUGUUUUCUUUGGAGAGUUAGUGUUUAUUAGGGGUAGGCAGACUCACUAUCUGCUGGUCACCCCCUUAAACUGGCACCCAGGCUGUAUGAGUUCUUACUGGGCUCUAGGAUGAGGGGCAUGGGGUGGGGGCGGUGGGUGAAAACAAGAGGUGAGCUGGAUUGUCCCAUCACCCCCGCCCCUCCAGCAGGUACUGCUUUCUGACUACGCUUGUCCCCCUCUCCCACCUAGGAGAGAGCGAGCCACGUCCGUGCUCCUUGCUGAUCCCUGCUUCCAGCUCAGCUCUAUAUGUUAUCUCCUGGGGCAGCCAGAGCCCCCUGCCCCUGGCACUGCCCUGCCUGCCCCUGACCGGAAGCGCUUCUCCCUGCAGAGCUACACAGAUUACAUCAGCGCGGAGGAGCUGGCCCAGGUGGAACAGAUGCUGGCACACCUGACCUCUGCCUCGGCCCAGGCAGCUGCUGCCUCCCUGGUGAGUGGGGCCGCCGCAUCCGGCUGUGCGCCGCCCACAUACGUGCUGGCACAACUGUGCACGCUACAUAGGCUCCUCGUCUCCUUGUCUGGGCAUCCGGCCCCAGCUCACCCUGCGCUCUGCUCCCUGCAGCCCACCAGCGAGGAGGACCUCUGCCCCAUCUGCUAUGCUCACCCCAUUUCCGCCGUGUUCCAGCCCUGUGGCCAUAAGUCCUGCAAAGCCUGUAUCAACCAGCACCUGAUGAACAACAAGGACUGCUUCUUCUGCAAAGCCACCAUCGUGUCUGUAGAGGACUGGGAGAAGGCGGCCAGCGCAAGCACCACCACUUCCUCAGCCGCCUAGCCCGCACGGCAGCAGCCGCCAGCCCUGAACUCAGACCCAGGCUGGGCCCUAUUUAUGAGCUUCCCCUUGCCCUGUUCCCCGUGACCCCCCGCCGCCGCCACCACCACGUCCAACCUCCUUGCCUGAGUGUAACCUCACUGGCGGGAGCCCAGCCAUGUCCUGAUUGUGCCUGAGCUUGACUUCCAGUCAGGGCCACAGUGAGCAUUAAAUUAUUAUUCCAUACA